CUCCGCCAUGGCCGCCGCCUGCCGCCUGGGCUAAGUGGCCGCCGGCGUCCGGGUACCCGAGGGCUCUCCCGCGUUGCUGGCACCGCUGGCGCCGCGGUCUCGUAGCGCAUGGGCCUCCUCCGAGGCGGGCUCCCAUGCGCUCGGGCCAUGGCGCGCCUGGGCGCUGUGCGCUCCCACUACUGCGCCCUGCUGCUGGCCGCGGCGCUGGCCGUCUGCGCCUUCUACUACCUCGGCUCAGGCCGGGAGACCUUCUCCAGCGCCACCAAGAGGCUGAAGGAGGCCCGCGCCGGGGCUCCCGCCGCGCCCUCGCCGCCCGCGCUGGAGCUGGCGCGGGGCUCCGUGGCGCCAGCCCCCGGCGCGAAGGCCAAGAGCUUGGAGGGCGGCGGGGCCGGGCCGGUGGACUACCACCUGCUGAUGAUGUUCACCAAGGCGGAGCACAAUGCCGCGCUGCAGGCCAAGGCCCGCGUCGCGCUGCGCUCACUGCUGCGCCUCGCCAAGUUCGAGGCGCACGAGGUGCUUAACCUUCACUUCGUGAGCGAGGAGGCCAGCCGCGAGGUGGCCAAGGGCCUGCUGCGGGAGCUCCUGCCGCCCGCCGCUGGCUUCAAGUGCAAGGUCAUCUUCCACGACGUUGCUGUGCUGACGGAUAAGCUCUUCCCCGUCGUGGAGGCCAUGCAGAAGUACUUCAGUGCUGGCUCGGGAACCUACUACAGUGACUCCAUCUUCUUUCUCUCGGUUGCCAUGCAUCAGAUCAUGCCAAAAGAGAUCCUGCAGAUCAUUCAGCUGGACCUAGACCUGAAGUUUAAGACCAACAUCCGGGAGUUGUUUGAGGAAUUUGACAGUUUCCUGCCAGGCGCCAUCAUCGGCAUAGCCCGGGAGAUGCAGCCAGUUUACAGGGUCUUAGGACGGAAGCCAGACAGCUUGAUGGUCCUGAGGCAGGCAGAGGUGGCAGCUGAAGACGGUGGUGAAAGAAGUGUGGAAGAAGACUUGGCUCCUGUGGAAGAAGACUUGGCUCCUGAGGACCUGAUGGGUGGCCAGCCCCCCACCCCAGCUUCUCUGCUGGGGGCGCCCCAGGCCCCUCCCGCUCUGCGGCCCUCCCUGCCGUGGCGUGCCUGCAGUUCCGCGCCUCGCCAGCAGGGGUCUCGCCUGUGUCGCGGCCCGAUCUGCACGCGGGUCUAAUAACUCAGGGCCCUCCCACCGCAGCCCAGAAUCACCGAGCCCUGGAAGGUUCCAGCGAGCCCGGCGUAGACACCACCUUGAGGCCCAGGAGAAGGGAAGGGGCAAGUCCUGUGAGAGAGGGUGUGUGUGGGGCCAUGCUGGGGCCAGAACCUUUUAGGGGGUUGGGGGUGAGGGUUAGGUGGGAGUGCGGAGCAAGAGCAUCUCUCCGUCAAAAUCAACACAACCAGAGCAUCUCUCCAUCAGAAACGACACGACCAGAGCAUCUCUCCAUCAAAAACGACACGACCAGAGCAUCUCUCCAUCAGAAACGACACGACCAGAGCAUCUCUCCAUCAAAAACGACACGACCAGAGCAUCUCUCCAUCAGAAACGACACGACCAGAGCAUCUCUCCAUCAAAAACGACACAACCAGAGCAUCUCUCCAUCAAAAACGACACGACCAGAGCAUCUCUCCAUCAAAAAACGACACGACCAGAGCAUCUCUCCGUCAAAAACGACACGACCAGAGCAUCUCUCCGUCAAAAACGACACAACCAGAGCAUCUCUCCGUCAAAAACGACACAACCAGAGCAUCUCUCCGUCAAAAACGACACAACCAGAGCAUCUCUCCGUCAAAAUCGACACAACCAGAGCAUCUCUCCGUCAAAAACGACACAACCAGAGCAUCUCUCCGUCAAAAACGACACAACCAGAGCAUCUCUCCGUCAAAAACGACACAACCAGAGCAUCUCUCCGUCAAAAACGACACAACCAGAGCAUCUCGCCGUCAAAAUCGACACAACCAGAGCAUCUCUCCGUCAGAAACGACACAACCAGAGCAUCUCUCCGUCAGAAACGACACAACCAGAGCAUCUCUCCGUCAAAAUCGACACAACCAGAGCAUCUCUCCGUCAAAAUCGACACAACCAGAGCAUCUCUCCAUCAGAAACGACACAACCAGAGCAUCUCUCCAUCAAAAACAACACAACCAGAGCAUCUCUCCAUCAAAAACGACACAACCAGAGCAUCUCUCCACCAAAAACGACACAACCAGAGCAUCUCUCCAUCAAAAACGACACAGCACAGCAAGAGCACCUCUCCAUCGAGAACACUAGUGAAUGACAGAAUGACAGUGUACUGGGCUUCCACAAAGAGGUUUUAUUGUUUUUUUCAGAGUGAUCAUAUAAAGUAACUUUGUUGAUUGGUAACUUUAUUAAUCAUAACAAAUUGGGCACUUUAACAUAAAGAGACCCCGUUUAAUUUAUUCUUUUUCCAUAAGAAGCAAUACCUAUGGUGUUCAAGUCAAUAGUUGAAUGCUACUUGUCGGUGAAUGCUGCCGAAGUUAACCAGAAGUAAAUAAUACAGGGAAGGGGAAGGCUUUAGGCUUACUAAGAAGUGAUGAUAUGAGAGUAAGGGAAGGUAGGGAAUAAGAAGUAUGCCAUGGAAUGCUGGUGACAGCUGGAAACAUCACCAGGAAAGGAGAGAGGGAAGCACAGGGAGGCCGGAAGUAAUACCGUGGUUUCCUCAGAGUUUCACCGACAGCGGCAAAACGACCUGGGGGCUCUGCCACGGUGCACAUCUGGCUCAGGGAUCCCUUGGCCCCCGCUGAUAGUUGAAACAGGUCUCCAAAUCACUGCUCGGUGGCCCCGUGAGUGGACGCGGAGGCGCAGACUUGGCUGGAGCAUUCAGGGAUGGACUCUGUUGUUAAACGACAAUUUCCUGUUAUUAUGUCAUUUUCUCCACCAUCUGACACACUUUCAACACUCAUAUACCUUGGAACAGAAGUUUAAAUAAAAGUCUGUUGACUUUGCA